CGUGACGAGAAGCGAAGAUUUAGGUGAUUUUAUUUCCUUACUGUGUCAGGACACGACACCCAACUGUACCCAUUGAUCGAAAACCAAAGAAAGGUCUCUCCUUUCUCUUCUCUCCGUCUCUCUUUGACCCAUUAUCCGGCCUACCACUCGCCGUCCUUCUUGUAAUCGCCGCCUCUGUUUAGGCCACGGCUAUAUCAGCUAUGGCUUCCUCUUUAUAUGCCCAUGUAUAGAUUCUUGUUUUCUUUGUGCUUUUGAAGGUGUAACCUUUCUGGGUAUUGGUUGAUUACUUGGAAAUUUUGGUUGAAAGUGGAAAGCAUGAUUCAGAAACUGAGGAAGUUAGAUGCUUACCCAAAAAUCAAUGAGGAUUUUUAUAGGAGGACCUUUUCCGGUGGCCUCAUUACCCUCGUCUCUUUUCUUAUCAUGCUUUUCCUCUUCUCCUCUGAGUUAAGAUUAUACCUGCGUAUUGUUACUGAGACGAAGCUCUUAGUGGAUACUUCAAGAGGGGAAACUCUAAGGAUCAAUUUUGAUGUCACUUUUCCUGCCAUUCCAUGUACAUUGCUCAGUAUUGAUGCCAAGGAUAUCAUGGGAGAGGAGCAUUUCGAUAUAAGACAUAAUAUAACUAAGAAAAGGAUUAAUGUUCAUGGUGAUGUAAUUGAAGUCAGGCGUGAUGGGAUUGGUGCACCAAAAGUUGAAAAGCCUUUGCAAAAGCAUGGUGGCAGACUUGAACACAAUGAAAUUUAUUGUGGCUCAUGCUAUGGCGCAGAAAUGUCAGAUGAUGAUUGUUGCAACUCAUGUGAACAAGUUCGUGAAGCAUACAAGAAAAAAGGGUGGGCAUUGACUGGUACGCAUUUGAUUGACCAGUGUAUGAGGGAAGAAUUUUUCCAAAGGGUCAUAGAUGAAGAAGGUGAAGGAUGUAAUAUAUAUGGAUCUCUGGAAGUAAAUAAAGUGGCUGGAAAUUUUCAUUUUGUACCUGGGAAAAGCCUUCAUCACUCAAAUGUCCAUGUGAAAGAUUUGCUGUCUGUUAAAUCGUAUAGUUAUAAUAUAAGUCACAGGAUCAAUAGACUAGCUUUUGGUGACUACUUUCCUGGUGUGGUGAAUCCCCUGGAUGGGGUACAUUGGGAGCACGAAACACCAAAUGGCAUUCACCAGUACUUCCUCAAGGCAGUCCCAACAAUAUAUACUGAUAUUAGUGGCCACACUGUUAGCUCAAACCAGUACUCUGUAACAGAGCAUUUCAAGAAAUCAGAACCGGAUCAACAUGAUUCUCUUGGAGUUUUCUUCUUCUAUGACUUUUCUCCAAUUAAGGUGACUUUUAAAGAGGAGCAUAUUUCAUUUUUACACUUCAUGACCAAUAUUUGCGCAGUAUUUGGAGGUAUUUUCACAAUUGCUGGAAUAAUAGAUUCAUUUGUGUAUCAUAGUCAAAGAGCAAUCAAGAAAAAAGCAGAAAUUGGCAAGUACAGAUGAUAUGCCGGGUUGACAUUUUCGGCAGGAUGUUUUUGGGAUGAUGGAAAUCAUUGAAAUUGUUUCUUCUCAAUAGUCACCAAUCUCUUCACAUUAUUCACUCUUGCUUCCAGUCAGUUUACCGUUGUAGGCCAUAGACGUCAGAAUAUGAACCCAGCUCCUGUUUAAUCAAAUGAUACUUGUUACAAAUGUUCUUCAUCGACCUUCAGUACUCCUGUUACAUAUCAAUAGAUGUCUGAAAGUCUCUCUCACAAUAUCAGAGCAGUUUGCUUCUUCUUAGGAUAUAUUAUUAUUAUUACAUAGAAAUAGGCUUAUGUACAAUAUAACUAAGCUCCAUGAGCACAAUGAAUUGAAGAUCCAUUCAGAAGUUGAAGUUAGAGGCAAUUGACUUGGCAGAUAGCAAAUCAAAUUUUGUGUUAGCUAACAGUUAACUAGUAAGCUAUUCUGAGCUUUCUUUUCCUCUUUUUGGGUGGGAUAGAAAUGGAGAUGUGGCCAUGACAUUUUGUAUUGUCAUUGGGAAUAAUUAUACUCAAAAUCUCAAAAUUAAUUUGAGAGAUUUUGAA